AUGCCCAACCAGUUAGCCAGGCGUCCCCGUGCUAAGCAGAGGGGCACCCUAGUGGGUGUAGGAGGUGUGCCUGGUGCGGCGCCACGACUACCAGACCAGACAGAGCAGGCAGCCCCGAGGAAGGUGACACUUACCGAGCCUGAGGAGAGGACGGAAAUCCUAGAGUUAGCGGGGAAUGCUGCAAGGGACAACAAGAAGGCCCGGAUAGCCCCGAGACACAUCCUGCUGGCUGUUGCCAAUGACGAGGAGCUCAACCAGCUGCUAAAAGGAGUGACCAUUGCCAGUGGAGGUGUCCUGCCCAGAAUUCACCCCGAACUGCUGGCUAAAAAGCGAGGGACCAAAGGCAAGUCAGAAACUAUCCUCUCCCCACCUCCAGAGAAAAGAGGAAGGAAGGCCACAUCAGGCAAGAAGGGGGGCAAGAAAUCCAAGGCUGCCAAACCACGGACAUCCAAAAAGUCCAAACCAAAGGACAGCGAUAAAGAAGGAACUUCAAAUUCCACCUCUGAAGAUGGGCCAGGGGAUGGAUUCACCAUCCUGUCAUCAAAGAGCCUUGUUCCAGGGCAGAAGCUGUCCCUGACCCAGAGUGACAUCAGCCAUAUUGGCUCCAUGAGAGUGGAGGGCAUUGUCCAUCCAACCACAGCCGAAAUUGACCUCAAGGAAGACAUAGGGAAAGCCUUGGAAAAGGCUGGGGGCAAAGAGUUCUUGGAAACAGUAAAGGAGCUUCGCAAAUCCCAAGGCCCUUUGGAAGUCGCCGAAGCUGCUGUCAGCCAAUCCAGUGGACUUGCAGCCAAAUUUGUCAUCCACUGUCACAUCCCCCAGUGGGGCUCCGACAAAUGUGAAGAACAGCUUGAAGAGACCAUCAAGAACUGUCUGUCGGCGGCCGAGGACAAGAAGCUAAAGUCUGUCGCAUUUCCACCCUUCCCCAGUGGCAGAAACUGCUUUCCCAAACAGACAGCUGCCCAGGUGACCCUCAAGGCCAUCUCUGCCCACUUUGAUGACUCCAGCGCAUCCUCACUGAAGAAUGUGUACUUCCUGCUGUUCGACAGCGAGAGCAUCGGCAUCUACGUGCAGGAGAUGGCCAAGCUCGACACCAAGUAGCGCUCCAGCAGGGGUGGAGGAGGAUCCACUCACCAGAGUGGGGGUUUAUUUUUUAAAAGGAGCAAGGAAGGGCCACUGAGAGGGAUGCAGGUAGCAGAGGCAGGAGGUGGCACUGCCCACAGAAGGAGCCCUCUGCAUUUUAUAUCCUCCUUACAAAGGGCCUCUGUCCCUAAUUAACCAGGUCUCCACCAGGGGUUCCUUCCCAUGUGUU